AUGAACAGAUACUACACAAAUUUGUAUUACUACUCCGAUGUUCUCAAUAAAUUUCUUUUUAGAAGUUUCAACAAAGAUGUUAGUAAGAUAUUUACUUCUAAAAUCAAUCAUUUUGCAUUUAAUAAUAAAGCUAAAAAACUUCGUGAAAAAAUAUUGCGUAAAAAACAUUUAGAAGCUAAUAUUUUAAAUAUGCUUAUUACCAAAGAGCACAAAAAUAUCAUUCAAUCAAGUGAACAUAUACCAAUAUUUAAUUCAAUUUCAAUCAAUAAAAAAUAUGAAAAAUGCAUUGAUUUAAAAGAGAAUCAUCACAUUAAACCAGAAGAUACUAAAACAAAUGCUGUUGGAAAAAAUAAUAUAAAUACAACAUGUAUCCGUAGAGUAGCUGAUAGCUCAAAAGAUGAAAGAACAAUAGACUGUUUAUCUUCAGCUGUAAACAUUAAAAAUUUUACAACAGAUGUCAAAUUUUGUGAAAAGAACUUACAAAAUCCAAAAAAGAAACAAUCUUCUAAAAUAAAUCUUAUCAAAGUGUCAAACCCUAUUUUACCAAUAAAAAACUUUUUCGAUGAUCAUAUGUCUUUUAAAAUGUGCAAUGAAUUUAAUAAAAUAAAAUCUUUAAAUAAAAGCAUUAGUAGUGAUCCUACUACUAAAGAAAAUUAUUCUGUUUCCUUGCAAAAACCAAAUGAAAUUAAUAACCGUAACCUACAAAAAAAAACCAUUAAUCCUUCCAUUACAACAGAAAAAUCGAAUUCUCUACAGAAAUCAAGUAGUCCAAUGUUGCCACAUAUAUCUGAAAACAAUAACAAUGAGCCUGUUAAUAAUUUAUUUGACCUACCUGUCGAUGAUAUUACUUUCUCAUUAAAUAACAUAAGCUCUGAUGAUGAUGGUAAUAGAAAACUGAUUGAAUUUAAAAAUGAACUAAAUGCUGAUUGUAGUAUUAACAAAAAUUCAACUCGUAUCCUUAAAUUAGCUGAUAGCUCAAAAGAUGAAAGAACAUAGACUGUUUAUCUUCAGCUGCGAGCAUUAAAAAUUUUACAACAAAUAUCAAAUUUUGUGAAAAAAAAUUAAUAAAUCCAAA